CUUCAGCCUCUAUCCUACUUGUUCCUCUGGUGAACUAGGUUAAUUAAAUCUCCAAAAAGAUGCCUAAACUCCUACAAGGCAUUGUCACCGUCAUCGAUGUUUUCUACCAAUAUGCCACCAAGGAUGAGGAGUGUGCCAUGUUGAACAAGGCAGAAAUGAAAGUAUUUUUGGAAAAUGAAUUCCGUCAAAUUAUGAAGAAUCCAGAUGAUCCAGACACUGUAAAUAUCAUCAUGCAAAGUCUGGAUCGAGACCAUAACAAGAAAGUGGAUUUUACUGAGUAUCUUCUGAUGAUAUUCCAGCUGGCUCAGGCCUGUAAUAAAAUCAUCGGCAAAGAUUACUGCCAAGCUUCAGGGUCAAAGCAAAAAGAUCACAGUCACCAGCACCAAGAGGAACAUAGUGAAACAGAAGAGAAGGACAACGGGCUAGAAUCGUCUUCCAGCCAUUCAAGUUGGAGUGCAGGAGAGAAUGAUUCCUAUUCCAGGGGCUCCAGAGGACGCAUUAAACACAGGCCUCAAUCCAGCUCCAGAAGAAUUGGGCAUCAAGGAGGUUCGUCUAAUUUGGGACACAGGCAAAGCUCUGGGGAAAGAUGGAGAGAGUCAAGCUCGGGCCACUUCAAGGAUAAUAAGAAAAAUAAGUAUGGCUCUCAUCAGCAAGAAAGGUCUAGGAGUGAAGAAGAUGGUUAUACUCAGUCAAAUAACUAUAGAAAAAGAUCACACUCAGCAAAUCAGUCAGGCGGUUGUGGAGAACAAGGGCAUGGUUCCCACUCAGAGGAUCGGUCUUUCAGUUCUGACCAACAUAGGUCUCACUCAAAUGAAUCUUUAGGAAAUAGACUACAGGAGAAGAAAUCCAAUCAACAUCAUGGAUUCAGCUCAGGGAGUUGUGGAGGACAAGACCACUGGUCAAAUUCAAAUGAGCCCACUGGUUAUGGUCAUGAGUCUGGCUCAGGUCAGUCCUCUAGUCAAAGAAGACAUGGAUCCCACUCAAGUGGUCAGUCAGGGAGCCGUGAAAGACAAAAGCAUGGCUCUGGAUCAGGACAAUCCUCUAAUUAUGGAAAAUAUGGAUCUGGCUCUAAUCAAUCUUCUAGUCAGAGGUACCAUGAGCCUAGUUCAGAAUCCAGUUUAGGUGAGUCAUCAAGCUGUGGACAACAUGGACCUGGGUUUGGUCAGUCUUCUGGCUUUGGGCAACAUGGGUCUGGUUUAGGUCAAUCCUCUAGUUAUGGACAACAUAGUUCUACUUCAAGGCAGUCAUCAAACUUUGGACACCAUGGAACUAGCUCAGGCCAGUCUUCCAGCUAUGGUCAACAUGGGUCUGGAUCAAGUCAGUCUUCUAGCCACAGCCGACAUGGGUCAGGCUCAGGUCAGUCUUCUAGCUAUGGCCAACAUGGAUCAGGAUUAGGUCAAUCCUCUAGUUAUGGACAACAUGGUUCUACUUCAGGACAGUCAUCAAACUUUGGACACCAUGGAUCUAACUCAUGUCAGUCUUCUAGCUAUCGUAAACAUGGGUCUGGCUCAGGUCAGUCCUCUAGCUAUGGUCAACAUGGGUAUGGCUCAGGUCAGUCUUCUCAUAGUCAACAUGGCUCUGGCUCAGGUCAGUCUUCUAGCUGUGGCCAACACAAAUCUGCCUCUCACCAUAGUCAACAUGGCUCUGGCUCAGUCAACAUGGCUCUGGCUCAGGUCAGUCUUCUAGCUGUGGCCAACACAAAUCUGCCUCUCACCAUAGUCAACAUGGCUCUGGCUCAGGUCAGUCUUCUAGCUGUGGCCAACACAAAUCUGCCUCUCACCAUAGUCAACAUGGCUCUGGCUCAGGUCAGUCUUCUAGCUGUGGCCAACACAAAUCUGCCUCUCACCAUAGUCAACAUGGCUCUGGCUCAGGUCAGUCUUCUAGCUGUGGCCAACACAAAUCUGCCUCUCACCAUAGUCAACAUGGCUCUGGCUCAGGUCAGUCUUCUAGCUGUGGCCAACACAAAUCUGCCUCUCACCAUAGUCAACAUGGCUCUGGCUCAGGUCAGUCUUCUAGCUGUGGCCAACACAAAUCUGCCUCUCACCAUAGUCAACAUGGCUCUGGCUCAGGUCAGUCUUCUAGCUGUGGCCAACACAAAUCUGCCUCUCACCAUAGUCAACAUGGCUCUGGCUCAGGUCAGUCUUCUAGCUGUGGCCAACACAAAUCUGCCUCUCACCAUAGUCAACAUGGCUCUGGCUCAGGUCAGUCUUCUAGCUGUGGCCAACACAAAUCUGCCUCUCACCAUAGUCAACAUGGCUCUGGCUCAGGUCAGUCUUCUAGCUGUGGCCAACACAAAUCUGCCUCUCACCAUAGUCAACAUGGCUCUGGCUCAGGUCAGUCUUCUAGCUGUGGCCAACACAAAUCUGCCUCUCACCAUAGUCAACAUGGCUCUGGCUCAGGUCAGUCUUCUAGCUGUGGCCAACACAAAUCUGCCUCUCACCAUAGUCAACAUGGCUCUGGCUCAGGUCAGUCUUCUAGCUGUGGCCAACACAAAUCUGCCUCUCACCAUAGUCAACAUGGCUCUGGCUCAGGUCAGUCUUCUAGCUGUGGCCAACACAAAUCUGCCUCUCACCAUAGUCAACAUGGCUCUGGCUCAGGUCAGUCUUCUAGCUGUGGCCAACACAAAUCUGCCUCUCACCAUAGUCAACAUGGCUCUGGCUCAGGUCAGUCUUCUAGCUGUGGCCAACACAAAUCUGCCUCUCACCAUAGUCAACAUGGCUCUGGCUCAGGUCAGUCUUCUAGCUGUGGCCAACACAAAUCUGCCUCUCACCAUAGUCAACAUGGCUCUGGCUCAGGUCAGUCUUCUAGCUGUGGCCAACACAAAUCUGCCUCUCACCAUAGUCAACAUGGCUCUGGCUCAGGUCAGUCUUCUAGCUGUGGCCAACACAAAUCUGCCUCUCACCAUAGUCAACAUGGCUCUGGCUCAGUCAACAUGGCUCUGGCUCAGGUCAGUCUUCUAG